AUGGCAGAGCGUUUCGCGUAUUUCGGGAUAUCGUCGAACCUGAUAAUGUACCUGACGGGACCAUUGGGUGAGUCAACAGCUGCAGCUGCGUCCAACGUGAACGCUUGGAUUGGAACCGUGUCGUUUCUGCCGCUUCUUUGGGCGUUUGUUGCGGAUGCGUUUCUUGGACGUUUCCGUACUAUAGUUAUCUCUUCGUCUCUCUAUAUCUUGGGACUUGGGUUGUUGUUGUUUUCAACCAUGUUUCCUUCUCACUGCGAAGCUACGAAUCAACAUCAACUCGUCUCAUGUGCUUCUCAGCUCCAAGUGACACUCUUCUUCUGUUCUCUCUAUAUUAUAGCCAUAGGACAAGGCGGUUACAAGCCUUGUAUUAAGGUAUUUGGAGCGGAUCAGUUCGAUGGAAAUGACAUAGAAGAGGCAAAAGCCAAGAGUUCGUUCUUCAACUGGUUGAUGUUUGGAAACUCUGUUAGCAUAGUUAUGACUCGUUUGGUCUCUACCGUCAUCCAAGAGGAUGUAAGUUGGUCACUAGGGUUUGGUGUUCCAAGUGUUUCCAUGCUACUUGCUCUGUUCUUGUUCCUCCUUGGAACAAAGACUUACCGUUUUACUAUUGAAAGUGGGGAAAAGAAAAACGCUUUUGCUAGAAUCGGCCGUGUCUUCGUGGAGGCAGUAAAGAGCAGAAGAAAAUAUGAUUCAAAUAUAGCCAACUCGGAUGAGACCAUCCUUCUCUUGGCCCACCAGAGUUCCAAGCAAAUAGGAUUCCUCGAUAGAGCCGCGGUUGCAUGUGAUAUUGUCGAAAUUGAAGAAGCAAAAGCAGUACUUAGGCUUGUUCCCAUAUGGAUGACUUCCUUAGUCUACGCCAUUGUGUAUGCACAAUCUCCUACUUUCUUCACAAAACAAGGAGCCACAAUGGAUAGGUCAAUCACACAAGGAAUCUUAGUCCCGGCAGCUACACUCCAAUGUGUCACAAACUUCACAAUUGUCAUCUGCAUCCCAAUCUACGACCGUCUUCUUGUCCCAAUCACAAGAUCUUUCACUCAAAACCCAUCAGGAAUCACAGUGCUCCAAAGGAUUGGCACAGGGAUUUUCCUUUGCAUUCUUGCUAUGGUAGUAGCCGCCCUGGUCGAGACCAAAAGGCUACAAACCGCUCGGGAUGACGCCACGAUACUCAUGAGCGUGUGGUGGUUGGUUCCGCAGUAUGUUAUCUAUGGAGUUGCGGACUUGUUGACGAUGGUGGGUUUGCAAGAGUUAUUCUACGAUCAAGUCCCUAGUGAGCUUAGGAGCGUUGGUAUGGCUUUGAACCUAACCAUAUAUGGGGUCGGGAACUUCAUAAGCAGCUUCAUGAUAUCAGUGAUCGAUAAAGUCACAAGACAGAAUGGUCAAACAAGCUGGUUCGACAACGACCUGGACAAAGCUCAUCUAGACUACUUCUACUGGCUACUAGCUUGUCUCAGCUUCAUUGGUUUAGCCUUCUUCUUAUGGUUCGCCAAGUCGUAUGUCUACAACAGAACAAACACCUUCUAA